CAUGAAUCAACUUCAGUACAUUUGAUUUUCCACCCCACGGAUCCCAUCACUCUCCUAAAAACUUUCAGGACCAAGCCAGAGCUAAGUGCGAAAGUUACUUGAUAUCGAAUGCGAUCUAGUUGGUGGUCGAUGGGCUUUCUAUGGUGUGGAUUUGCCAACACCACUGUGUUAUACUUUCAAGCCUGCUUUUUGUUGAAGUGUGAGCACAAGUCUUAUGGACCCUGGUAUGUGUGUUACGACGAGCUCAAGGCUAUAGGUUAUGUUCUAGAUGCUCAGCGCAACUCGAUGAUCUCUUUUCUCCAACUCUCUCAUGACCACCGACCAACUCAUCUUAAUAUCGUGCACCAUAAUUCCCCUGAAAGUUCUGCAAACGUCCGGUGUAAGGACCACACAUUCCUGAUACCAAUAUGCACUCUGAGAAACGUGUUAACGUUUAUGGCGAUUGGAUCAUGUCGUCUUCUACCGUCGUCAAUCUGAUUGCUUUGAUAUGGUACACGUGUGCGAAACUCGUUACAAAACAUGAUAUAUCCAUACAUACAACGCGAAUCGGCGAUUUGUCCGUUGGAACAGUAACAGUGCAGGAAACGGAAAAAAGAUAUGUAGCUAAUGCGUUGGGUAAGAAGAGAGAGAUGAUGCCUCUUAAUUCAAGGUCGGCUCCUCUGCAUCAGGCGCAAAGCGAAGCCGCGCAAGGAGUAUGGUAU